UCUCCUUUGUUUCGAAUAUGGGGAAAAUGGCCUUUCUAGUUGCCACUCUUUUAGUGGUUUUAGUGUUACUUAGCUUAGCAUUUGAAAUUUCAGCAAAUUAUCAAUACUCAUCUCCCCCACCACCAAAGGAGCCAUACCACCCUUCACCAACACCAUAUCAUCCCACACCAAUUUACAAAUCUCCACCACCACCAAAAGAGCCAUACUACCCUCCACACACUCCAAUGUACAAGUCGCCACCACCCUCGACACCUAUUUACAAGUCGCCACCACCACCCAAAGAGCCAUACUACCCUCCACACACCCCUGUCUACAAGUCACCACCUCCACCAACUCCAGUUUACAAGUCGCCAACACCUCCCAAGGAGCCAUACUAUCCUCCACACACACCAACCUACAAGUCGCCACCUCCACCAACUCCCGUUUACAAGUCACCACCACCUCCAAAGGAGCCAUACUACCCUCCACACACACCAACCUACAAGUCGCCACCACCUCCCAAGGAGCCAUACUACCCUCCCCACACCCCAACCUACAAGUCCUCACCUCCACCAACUCCCUUUUACAAGUCACCACCACCUCCCAAGGAACCAUACUACCCUCCUCACACACCAACCUACAAGUCGCCACCCCCACCCAAGGAUUUAUACUACCCUCCACACACACCAACCUAUAAGUCACCACCUCCACCAACUCCCGUUUACAAGUCGCCACAACCACCCAAGGAGCCAUACUACCCUCCACACACCCCAACCUACAAGUCACCACCUUCACCAACUCCCGUUCACAAGUCACCACCACCUCCCAAGGAGCCAUACUACCCUCCACACACACCAACCUACAAGUCACCACCUCCACCAACUCCCGUUUAUAGGUCGUUGCCACCACCAUCCAAAGAACCAUACUACCCUCCACACACACCUACCUACAAGUCACCACCUCCAACAACUCCCGUUUACAAGUCCCCACCACCUCCCAAGGAGCCAUACUACCCUCCACACACACCAACCUACAAGUCACCACCUCCAACAACUCCCGUUUAUAAGUCUCCACCACCACCCAAGGAUCCAUACUACCCUCCACACACCCCAACCUACAAGUUGCCACCUCAACUUACUCCCGUUUACAAGUCGCCACCACUACCCAAAGAGCCAUACUACCCUCCGCACACACCAACCUACAAGUCACCACCUCCGCCAACUCCCGUUUACAAGUCCCCACCACCUCCCAAGGAGCCAUACUAUCCCCCACACAAACCAACCUACAAGUCACCACCUCCACCAACUCCCCUUUAUAAGUCGUCGCCACCACCACCGAAAGAGCCAUACUACCCUCCACAUACACCAACCUACAAGUCACCACCUCCACCAACUCCCGUUUAUAAGUCGCCACCACCACCCAAGGAUCCAUACUACCCUCCACACACCCCAACCUACAAGUCUCCACCUCCACCAACUCCCGUUUACAAGUUGCCACCACCACCCAAGGAUCCAUACUACCCUCCACACACACCAACCUACAAGUCACCACCUCCACCAACUCCCGUUUAUAAGUCGUCGCCACCACCACCCAAGGAGCCAUACUACCCUCCACACACACCAACCUACAAGUCACCACCUCCACCACCUCCUGUUUAUAAGUCUCCACCACCACCCAAGGAUCCAUACUACCCUCCACAAACCCCAACCUACAAGUCGCCACCUCCACCAACUCCCGCUUACAAGUUGCCACCACCACCCAAGAAGCCAUACUACCCUCCGCACACACCAACCUACAAGUCACCACCUCCACCAACUCCCGUUUACAAGUCCCCACCACCUCCCAUGGAGCAAUACUACCCUCCAGAGACACCAACCUACAAGUCACCACCUCCACCAACUCCCGUUUACAAGUUGCCACUACCACCCAAGGAGCCAUACUACCCUCCACACACACCAACCUAUAAGUCACCACCUCCACCAACUCCCGUUUACAAGUCGCCACCACCACCCAAGGAGCCAUACUACCCUCCACACGCCCCAACCUACAAGUUGCCACCUCCACCAACUCCCAUUUACAAGUCGCCACCACCACCAACUCCAGUCUACAACUCUCCUCCACCACCUUACUAUCUUUACACAUCUCCCCCUCCUCCCUACCAUUACUAAAAAGCCACUUCAUUAUAUCGAGGAAAAGCAAAAUGUUGAGCUGAAAGGAAGGCAUUUUACAUUUUCGAGAGACGAUGAAAAAAGAAGUAAACUAUAAGUAAAUAAUAAGCCCCACAUAAGCCG